CCAGGUCUCUAGACAAACUCUAUAACUUUGCUGAUUGCUCUGGCCUUCACCUGAUCUUUGCACUGAAUGCUUUGCGCCGAAAUCCCAACAACUCCUGGAACAGCUCCAAUGCCCUCAGCCUGCUGAAGUACAGUGCCAGCAAGAAGUACAACAUCUCCUGGGAGCUGGGGAAUGAGCCCAAUAACUAUCGGACCCUGAUCGGCCGCUCGGUGAACGGCAGCCAGCUGGGGAAGGACUACAUCCAGCUGAGAAGCCUGCUGCAGCUUAUCCGCACAUAUUCCAGAGCAAACCUCUAUGGGCCGAACAUUGGGAGGCCCAGAAAGAAUGUCAUUGCUCUCCUGGAAGGGUUCAUGAAAGUGGCUGGCAGCACAGUGGAUGCUGUUACCUGGCAACAUUACUACAUUGAUGGCAGGGUGGCCAAAGUGACGGACUUCCUGAAAACGCGCCUGUUAGACACGCUCUCUGACCAGAUCAGGAAAAUCCAGAAAGUAGUGAACACGUACACACCAGGGAAGAAGAUCUGGCUGGAAGGUGUUGGCGCAACCUCGGCCGGAGGCAUGAACAACCUCUCCGAUUCCUAUGCGGCCGGGUUCCUGUGGCUGAACACGCUGGGUUUGCUGGCGAGCCGGGGCAUCGACGUGGUGGGGCGGCACUCCUUCCUCGACCACGGCCACAACCCUCUGGUCGACCAGAACUUCAACCCCUUGCCG